CCAACAUGAAAGCGGAAUAACAACAGAGAGCAACCAACAAACAGACCUUCCGUCGGUUUUAAAAGAAAUUAACAGCCCUAUUCCGGUUUUGCAAUAGAAUGACAAUUGAUCAUCCUUCAUUGUCGUGAUUUUGUCAUUGUCGUUGCACGUUGGCAUUCCUAACAAAAAAUGACAAGCGAAAAGCUUUUGUCAACUUACCAUGCAUGGUGAAAAGUUCAUUGUUGUAGAAACAGCUGGUCAACGCUAUUAUUUGCAAAAAAUAUGAGCGGUGAAACACCAGAAAAACGUCCAAAAUAUGAGCGGACGACGCAGGAGCAGCUGCAAUUUUAUGUGCAGUUUUGUAGGGAGCAUCCGGAGCUGCAAAAAGGAAAAAAUAAUCCGUGCUCCCCAAAACUGAUGCAGUCGCUCUGGACGCAGAUGGCUGACAGCCUAAACGCCAUGCGUGGUCCCACCCGCUCCGUAGCAAAGUGGAAAGAUACAUUAGCGGCGUGGAAAAAUCAGCUACGCUGCAGAGCACGAAAAGUGCAUGAGGAUGUAAUUGGAACAGGUGGGGGACCACGGACGGAAAUUUAUUAAAUCGUCGCACUCUUUAUAUCAACACAAACAUAUGUUUUUGCCUUGUCACCUGCCCAAAAAGUCAUGACAAUAAAAAUGACAAUUGGCAUAAUUCGAGCUUUUGAAUUUUGCUGCGAAUACCAAAAAGCUGCAAUGGUAAUUUUUAUAUCAA